AUGUCAAUAAAUUAUAGCACUCCGCAUGCUGUGGAUGUCCCUGUCACUGAUAUGGAUGACCCCGAAGACGAUAUCAUCUUUGCAGAACACCAGGACAAUACUCACUCAACAAACACUUUGUUUGACCCACUCGCGGACGACAGGCAGAACAACUCCAACUCCGGUCUCAUUGGAAAGCUCAAGUCGCUUUUGAAAAGAGAUGCCAGAACUGAUGAUUAUGAGAUGGUUCUGCGCUUUGAUGCCGGUAUUGACGACGACGACGAGGAAGCAAUGAAUGAGCCAGCGAUUGACUUAAAGGAGUACAGGUUGAGACACCUUGAAAAGAAAGUUAGGGACAGAACCAUACUUGGUGGUGCUUUGCUCACUGCAGUUGCUGUGGUGUCUUUCAUCCUUUACUUUACGAGAAACAAUAACAUAAACCUAAGCAGCGAAUCCAACAAGCCCCUGCAUAAGCUUUACUCCAAUUCAACUCACGACUUUUACAAAACAACCAUUAUUGUGUCCCUAGAUGGAUUCCAUCCUCAUUACAUUAACCCACAUGAUACGCCAACACUUCACAAUAUGUUUAUAAAUGAUUACGGUGCGCCAUAUAUGAUCCCUAGUUUCCCCUCAGUGACUUUCCCCAACCACUGGACCUUGGUGACUGGGUUAUAUCCUUCAGAACAUGGUAUUGUGGGGAACACAUUUUUUGAUACAAAAUUGAAAAAGCAAUUUGUUAGCACUGAUCCACAGAAUGGAAGCCUAGACCCUGAUUUUUGGCAAGGUGGUGAGCCCAUUUGGAAGACUGCUGUCAAACAGGGCGUCAAAGCAGCAGUGCACAUGUGGCCCGGGUCCGAAGUUCCAGGGGUUGGACCCGACUUUGACUCUGACAGAUUCAAUGGGUCGGAAUUAUUGACUUCCAAAGUGGAAAGGGUUAUGGGAUGGCUUGAUCGGGAGAUUGACACGCGACCAGAAUUGAUCUUGACCUAUGUUCCUACAGUUGACGAAUAUGGACAUCAAUAUGGAAUAUCGGGCCCCGAGCUAUCUAAAAGUUUAACAUAUGUGGACGAUUUCAUCGAAUUGAUGAAAAGUGAACUUCACAAGAGGAACCUCGACAAUAUUGUCAAUUUAGUUUUUGUCAGUGAUCAUGGAAUGGCUCCUACAUCUAACGACAGAGUUUUGUACCUUGAUGAUUUGAUUGACUUGAAGAACAUUGAUCAUAUAGAUGGCUGGCCAUUGAUUGGGCUAAUACCAAACGUUGAUGUCAAAGAAGCAAGGAAAGAGAUUCAAGCAAACUUUGACAAGCUUGAUAAAAAUUUGACUAGACAUUACCAUAUCUACACGCGAGAGGAAAUCCCACAACGAUUCCAAUUCGGCGGACUGCUUGACGAGCACAAAUUUAACUACAGAUUAGCGCCACUAUGGAUCAUACCCGAUGUGGGAUACGCCGUUACAACUCACAAGCAAAUGGAAGAUAAUCACGGCGAGUACAAACCCAAGGGGGUUCAUGGUUAUGACAAUAGACAUUUAUUAAUGAGAGCAUUAUUUUUGGGAUCGGGCCCCUUUUUUAAGGACAAAUUCAAAUCAAACAAAGUAAAACCAUUUGAAAAUGUUAAUUUCUAUAACCUUAUUUGCGAGUCAUUGGAGUUGCAACCAGCUAUAAAUAAUGGUGAGCCAGUGCAAAGUGUUGUGUCACAAGUGUUGCCAAAGGACUGGAAUGAUAAUUUGGUCUUCCCUGAUUUACCUUUUGAAGUUGAACAUAUUGUUCGCAAUAAUGCAACUUAUGAUCAAUUGUGGAGAAUUGGAAACAAGGCCAAACCAGUCAAUGAACAACCCAACCCAAGCCCAAUGGCGUCACUUGUGUCUGAGCAGUCGACAAUCUCUCAGGUUGCAACACAAUCGUUACCACAGCCCAGUGACUUCUUGACUACAACGACAACUUCCCUCGACGUGAGCUCAAAAAGUGCGACCAAGACCGAGGCCGCAACUACAACCACACAGGAGGGUCUUGGUGGGUUAUUCAAUGAAAUCAUUGAUGAUAUUGAAGAUGGCGUAGAGGCAAUAGGCGAUGCUUUGCAUAGUUUUAUUGAUGACAAUUUCUAA